AUGGAGGACCUUGAAUCAAAAGCUAUAGAAAAUAUUCAUGACAAUUUAAAGAAAUGUAUAGAUAGAAGAAUAUCCAAAAAUACAAAUGAAGAUGAAGAAGAAAGCUCAAAAGAUAUAUUCUUUAUAUACAAUUCAUUAAAAGAAUAUAUAGAACAAUUAAAACAUACGAACAAUUUUAUACAACGAGAAAAUGAUUAUUUGAGAAAAAAAAAUGAAAAGUUAAUUAAAGAAAGCAAUGAAAGAAAUUCAAUAAAUAGGAAUUCAAAUAAAAAUCAAAAAUAUGGUACAUAUAUUAAUGAAAUAAAUCAAUUAAAUAAUGAAAAUGAAUUUAUUAAAUAUAAAUUCCAAAAUAUGUUAAGAAAAAACAUUUCUUUAGAAAGAUCAAAUGCCGAAUUAAAUGAUCAAUUACUAAGUAAAGACAACAUAAGUCAAUAUUUGAAAUCUCAAAGUGAAAUGCACAAUAAUAAAUAUAUUAAAGAUGUAAGAAAAAUACAACCAGAAUUGAAUAAUUUUGUGGACAAUAUAAAAGGGUAUAACCAUCUUAUAAAAAUUAAUAAUACUACUACUAAUAAUUAUUAUAAUAAUUAUAAUAAUAAUAUAGAUGAAAAUAUAAGAGUUAGUUUAAAAUUAAGUGAAAAUAUCGAAGGUAUUAAUAAUAAAAUAACAAAUGAACAUAUAGAUACUUAUGAAAAUAAUAAUGAAUAUCAAAAUAUAAAUAUAAAACAUAACAAUAUAUCAAGUAUACAAUCAUUAAAUUUUGAUGAAAAAUUAAAAAGUAUUUGUGCAUGCUCCAUGUUAUUACAUGAUAUACUAAAUAUCUUAAAUCAAAAUAUUAAAUAUGAUGAACCAGGUAUAUUUCAAAAAUCAAUGAAAAGUAUAAAAAUAGAAAAAGAUGAAUUAAUUAUGCAAAAUAAAUUAUUAAAAGAAAAAAUAUUACAAAUAGAAACUUUUAUUUUAAGAGAUCCAUUUUUAGUUGAAAAAUUAUAUCCUACUCAUAAAAAUAUAAAUAACAAUUUUUUAGUAAAAGACAAAAAUAAAUUAUAUCAAAAUAAUAAAAAUAUUUCACUUUAUCGUAAUUUAUGUUAUUUAGAAAACAAAAACUUUAAUUUGAGAAAAGAAUUAUUUCAUUAUAAACAAAAAAUUUUAUUUUAUAAAACAUAUAUAAAUGAUAUGAGGGAUAAACUAAAACAUAAUCUAAUUCAAUUUUAUAAACAAUAUCAUGAAAAUAAAAACGAAAAUACUGAAAUUAUGACUUCAAUAUAUGAAACGAUUAAUUCUAAAAAUGAAAUAGUUAAUACAUAUAAUCAAUAUAAAAAUCAAAAUAUUUCCUAUUCAAAAAAUAUAUGUGAUAAUAAUACAAAGAAUAAUUCAAAAAUUGAUCAUAAUGAAAAAAUUAUAAUACAAACAUGGACCAAACUUAAUGAAUUAAAUGUAGAAAAUAAAAAUUUACAAGAUGUUAAGGAUAAGAAUUUGGAACCACUAGAAAAAGACAUCAAUUUGGUAGAUUUAAAUAUGCCUAAUAAAAAUGACAUGUAUUAUUUCGAAAUAAAAGAAUUAAUAAAUAAAAGAAAGAUUGAACUUGAUAAAAAAUUAAAAGGAGAUAUACAUGUAAAUAUUAAUACAUCACAUCAUAAUAUCAAUUCUGGUUGUAAUUGUGUAAAAGCGAAAGAGGAGGUUAAGUCAAAAAAUAAUUCAAGCUUAUCUGGAGUUAUAAAAAAUAAAAUUUUAGAAAAUACAGACAAUUCGACAUAUAUACAUAAGAGGAAUAAUUAUAAGACAAAACAUAUUAAUAAUUACAAUUCUUAUAUUAAUAAAAAUAUUAUGUAUACAUAUAUAAAAUAUAAAUAUAUGUAUGAUUUUUAUAUUCAGAAUAAAAAUAUUCUUAAAAAGGAAAUGAACAAGGAAGAGUUUAAUGAAUUUGUUAACAGAUAUUUUCUAUUAUAUAAAAAAAAUAAUAAAACAAAUCAACAUUUUAAUAAUAUGUCUAAGGAUAAAAUAAAACAUUGUAGUCAAACAAUUCCUUGUGUAAAUAAAAAAAAUGAACAUACAGAAAAUUUGGAUGAACAUAAAAAUAUAAACCAAAAGGAAACAAACGAUGAACACACAAAGAAUGAUAAUCUAAAUAUGAAUGUUGAGGACUAUCAUGAUAUAACCUUAGGAGAUUCUCAUGAAAAUUUUAUUUAUAAUAUCGAAGAGGAAAUAAUAAAAAAGUAUACACCAGAGCAGACAUGCAAAAAGGAAUAUAAUAUAAAUGAUAAUUUUAAUGAAAAAAAAAAUAUAUAUCAAGAUAAUAAAAAAAGUAAAAGUUUUAAAGAAAAUGGAAAGGAUGUAUAUAAAAUACAAGAAAAUAUAAUGAAUAAAAAAAAACAUAAACAAAAGGAAAAAAAAAAGAUAAAUGAAAAGGAAAAAUAUGUAAAAGAAAAGAUAUACAAUUCGUUUGAUAUAAAGAAAAAUACAUACAAGGAGAAUACAGAAAUUUAUAAAAAAAAUGAUGACGAAAGUGUAGGUAAAACUAAAAAUGAAAUUGAUAAUGUUGAAAAUGAUAAAAAUGAUGAAAAUGAUAAAAAUGUUGAAAAUGAUAAAAAUGUUGAAAAUGAUGAAAAUGUUGAAAAUGAUAAAAAUGUUGAAAAUGAUAAAAAUGUUGAAAAUGAUGAAAAUAAUAAAAAUAAAGAAGAAUGGAAUCAUAAUAAAAAACACGAAAAUUUUGAAAGAUUUUAUGGAGUUGAGGAAUAUCCAAGAAGACAUGAUUCGUCUUUAGAAAUACUAAAAAAAAAUAUUAAAGAUCUUUUAAAAAAGAAAAACAAAGAUGAAAAAUAUGCAUUUCAAGAUGAUAAAAAAGAUAUAAAUGUAUCGGAGGGUAAAAAGGAUGGCAAUAUGCAAGAAGAAAACAUAUUUGCAAAUAAGAAUAGUAAUAAUAAUAAAUAUAAUAAUAAUAAUAAUAAUAAAAUAGAAGAUAACAGAGAAAAGGUUGAUGCUACAUUAUUAAAAGAAGAAAAUCAUAUAAAACAAAUCUCUAAUGUCAACAAAAAAAAUGGUUUUGAAAAUGAACAAGUCAAAGAUGAUUCUUUUAAUAUUAUAGAAAAUGUUAAGAAACAUGAAGAAUAUAUAGAUGAUAAAAAUGAUGGAAUUAUUACACAUAUGCUAGAUGAAAAAAAUGUAGUUUCUUUUGAAGGGGAUAAUAGUAGAAAGCAAAUAAUCAAAAAUAAAUCGAAGGUAUUAAACGAUAACCCCAAAACAGAAGAUAAUAAAGUGAAUAAGAAUCUCAUAAAUAACGAUAAUAUAAAUAGUUAUUCCAUUGAAGACGAUAAAUCAAAUCAUAAUGAUAAUAAUGAUAAUAAUUAUCAUAAUGAUCAUAGUUGUAUUAAUUCAUUUAAAAGUAAUAUACAUAAUUAUAAUAGUAAAAAUGAAAAACUAUUAAGAGAAAACGAAAAAAUAUUCACUGACAAAUCAGUUAUUAUAAAUAAUAAUGAGGAAGAAAAAUAUGUAGAAGAUAAAAUAAAUUUUCAUAAUACAAAUUUUUUUAUGAAAUCAGGAAGCGAAUAUUCUGAACAAGAUUUCUUCAAUAAUAAGAAAUAUUCUAAAGUGAAUAUUCAAACAUUUAAAGAAAUUAUUUAUCAUUAUGAUAUUAAUAUAUAUAACUUUUACCUGAAUUUAAUUUUAUAUAGUAAAAUUGAUUUAAUAAAAAUGUAUAAUAAUAAAAUUUUUAGCGUACAAAUAAACUCGGAUGAUAUAUUACAAUAUGCUUUAAAUACUUACAUGAAUUGUAAUAAUAAUAAUAAUUUUUUUAAAGAAGGGGAAUUUAUGAAUAAAAAAAAAAAGCAUGACAAUUCAUCAAAUAUAAAAAAAUUAAAUGAAAAAGAAUAUAAAACAGUUAUUGAAUAUAUAUGUAAUAAUAGUACUAAUACUUGUCUAAAAACAAUAUAUCAUAAAAUUAAUUUUAUAACAAAUGAAAGUUAUGAAGAAUUUAAAAAUCGUUUCGUAGAGUGUGGUGGUGUUGUUAAUUUAAUUAAUUUAUUUUAUGAUGAGGAUAUAAAUAAUUUUGAUAAAAUUUUUGAGGUAUCCUUUGUAAAUUUUUGUGAUAUUAUAGGUAUAUCAAGAGAUUCAUGUUCUUAUCAUUUUAAUUGUAUGGAUAAGAAAUUUAAAGGAAAAGGAUAUAUAUUUUUAAGAAAUAUACUACGAUAUUUAAAUGUAGAAGAAGAAAUGAAAGAAGAGUAUCAUAAAUAUAAUUUUAUAUCUAUGCAUUUAAAAAAUUUAAUGUAUAUAUAUAUUACAGAAAAUUUUCACAAUUUACAUGAAUUUUUUAAUGCUGUCAUAAAAAAAAAUAAGUUAUAUAUAAGUCUCAAUGAAUUUAUAUAUUUCUUUUCUUCAAAUGAAAAAAUGACUAGCUAUAAUUUUGUACAAGACGAUAUAAUAAAUUUAUAUUAUUCUAUAAUCUUCUAUGUAUAUUAUACAAAUAAAAAUAAAAUUUUACAAACUGUAAAUUAUUUUCAUAAAGGAAAAAAUUACGAAAAUGGAUACAUAAAGAAUAAGUCACAUAAUGAUGAUGAAUAUGUAAGUGGGCAUAAAGACAAUGAUAUUACUAAAUUAUAUACGAAAAAUUAUAGUAAUAAUAAUAAUAAUAAUAAAAAUAAUAAAAAUAAUAACAAAUCCGUUAUGCAAAAUAAUACACACUGUUUUGUUGAAUAUGAUUUGUCGUUAUGUAAAGAAUAUUUCACAUUAGAAGAUUUCGAUUUUGCUAUCGAAGUAAAAGACCUAUAUUUUUAUUUUGAAGGUUCUGAAUGUCCUCUUUCCAAAAUUAAAAGAAGAAUAAUAGAAAUAUAUGGGUCCGUUAAAAAAGGACUAUUUAUUAAUGAUCAAGUAUGUAAUAGUUCAGACGAUUCUAUAAAUUCAGACAGUGAUAUUAAUGAAAAAGAUAUAGAAGAAAAUACUUAUGAAAUAUUUAAAAAAAACAAAUAUAAACAUAUUGAUAAAAUCACUUUAUAUGAAAAAAAAAUUAAAAAUACAUUAGAAAAUGAUAUCCCUAAUGAUGAUAUCAAAGUCAAUAAAAUUAAUAAGAAAACAUUUAUGUGCUUAAUGUAUAAUAUAGGUAUACAAAUUGAUUACUGUCUAACCUUAUGGGAAAAUUUCCAACCUUUUUUAGAAGAUCAUUUAUUAGAUUAUAAGAUGUUUUCUGCCUUUUUGAAUGGGAAAAUAAAUUGUUCUAAUCAUGAUAGUGAAGUAAAUAUUCAAAAUAUUAAAAAACAAAUAAAUGAUAUUGAAGAAGAUAAAGAAAUAUCACAUAGACUUAAUCAUCAUAAUAGAUUUAAAGGUACCAUAUGUUCUAAUCUUUUUAUGAAUAUAGAAGAAAUGAACAAUGGGAAUUUAUUAACUGCUGAUGAAAUCGAAGUUACUUGUCAAAUUUUAAAUAACAUUUCUCCUUUCUAUUACUUAGAUAAAAAUGAAAGAAAAAUGUUUAUAAAACAAUUAAAAAAAAAAUGUUAUAAACAAAAUUAUGAUUUAAACUUAUUAAAAGAUUAUGAUAAUACAAAUAAAAAUAAACAUAACACAUCAAAUGAUAAAAACGAUUAUUUUAAAAAUGAAAUAAUUAUUCUAAUUAAUGGUAUAUUAAGAAAUAAUAAAGAUGCCAAAUGUUUUAUUAACAGUGUAAAUGUUAUAUAUAAAAAUGAUAUAUAUAAUUACAUUGCACAUACCAAUAUUGCUAUAAUUAAUAUUGAUAAUUCUAUAUAUACACAUGAAUUUAUGAAUCUAAUAGAUAAGAAAAGAAAUAUUUCAGAAGAAUUUAUGAGUAUUGUUAAUAAAAUACCUAUAUUAAAAAAUUUCCCUAAUAUGAAAAAAAUUAGUCUAUCUAUGAAUGUCAAAAAAUGUAUUUUUGAAAAACACAAAAUAGUUAUAAGAAAGCAUGAUGAUCCCAUGCAAUUUUUUAUAUUAAAAGAAGGUAAAAUAAAUAUUUUUUAUCAUACAUCUAAAACAAAAAAUAAUCCUAUCAAUACCAUAAAUCAAUAUCAAUUUUUUGGUGAAGUAUCUUUAAUAUUUAAUACUUUAAGAACUUGUGAUGCUAUAGUAGAAUCAGAUACAGCUUGUUGCUAUGCUAUUUCAAAAGAAUAUUUCUUAUCUCUCUUAAAUAAAGAUAUAGUUACAGAAUUUGUUGAGUAUAUACGUAAAACGUAUACAAAGGGUAUAGAAAGUAUUAUAUCAAAUUAUGCAAAUAGUAAUGAAGAUGUCAAACAAAUGAACAAAUAUAGAAAAAUACAAAAUGAAAAGAAAAAGAAAAAUAAAAUAAAUAAAAAUAAAAAUAAUGAUCAUAAUAAUAAGAAUAUUACUUCUGAUGAAUAUGAAACAGAUGAAUGCCAAAAUUUGUCAUCUGAUGAAAAAAAGAAAAUUAUUUCUAUUAUAAAUAAUAAAGAAAAUAAAAAUGAACAAGAUGUAAAAAAAAGUAAUUCGUCUCCUAUAUCCAUAACAAAUAGCUUUAAUAAUAUGCAAAAAAAUAAAAAAUAUAUAUCUAAUUCUUUUAAUAAAAAAAGUUAUUAUACUAACGACUUUUCAAAUAAAUCUUUAAAUAAUAAAUUGUCUAUUACUUCAAAUAAUUUAUCAACUGAUUAUAUAUCUCUAGAUAUUGAAUACAUUGAUAAAAAUAAUAUACAAUCUUUUUAUAGUGAUUUAGACAAACUGUUAUUAAAUAUUUUUAAUGCUGAACAAAAAUAUUUCACUGAAGAAAUUGAAACUAAUUUAAAGAAAAUCAAAUCUUUCAAAAAGAUAUUAAGACAAAUGAAAGACAAAGAAACAUUUUUAAAAAAUCUGAAAUAUGAAAAAUGUCCUAAGGGGAAAUAUAUAAUAUUAGAAGGAGAUCAUUGUGAAUAUUUUUAUUUUAUAAAACAAGGACAAAUUUCUAUACAAAAAUUUAAUCAACAUAAAAAUAUGUAUGAUGAAUUUGUUACAUAUAAUGAAAAUCAAUAUUUUGGUCAUCAGCUAAUAUUAAAAAAUAUUAAAGCUUUUUUCAUAGCAGUAGCAAUAAAGGAUACUGAACUAUAUACUUUAGAAGCAUCUCUUUUUUUAGAAUUCCUUUCUCCUUUUAUUGAUAUUCUUAAUAUAAUUAAUGAUAUAAAUCAGAUAAAUGUAUUAAGCGAAGACAUAAAAAAUGAUUUCCAAAAAAAGAAACACGAUAAAAAUUAUAUAUUAAAAGUAUUGAAAUUUUUAAAAAAAGUUAAUAUUAUACAAAAAUUAGAUAAUGAUGCUCUUUAUAAUGCUUCUAAAAAUUUUACACUACAAUUUUUCAAAAAAGGUCAAGUAAUUAUAAAAUAUCAGGAUACUCCAGAUUUCUUUUAUAUUAUUAAGAAAGGGAUUGUUGCUGUAAAGACAGAUUUUAAAGAAGAUACAAAUGAAUAUGUGUCCAAUCAAAAAGGUGUAGAGAAAAAAUUAAAUGAAGAAAAAAAUAUUUUAAAAGAUAAAAUAAACAAAACGAAAUCAUUCUAUUUAUAUAAAUAUGAUUACUUUGGAGAAUUAUCUAUCAUCAAUGAACAAUUAAGAACAACUAGAUGUGAAGCUCAUACAAAUUGCUUCUUAUUAGCAAUUGAUAAAAUUUCUUUUAUUAAUAAUUUUUCUAGCUUAUUUAAUGAUUUAUUACAAGAAGCUGAUAUAAAAUAUACUAGAAGCUAUUCAUUACCACCCUGGUUAAAAUCUAUGUAUGGAAAUAAUUUUAAUACAAACAUGAACUCCCUUUCUAUAAAAAUACCUGACUCGGCAAGCUCAUUCAGUAGCAUUUCUGAAGAUAGUAGCGAUGUUUUUAGUUUUGAGAAGGAAAUAAAUGAGAAACUAAAAGAAGAAAAAAAAAAAAAUCAAAAAGAAAAGGAAAAAGAAAGAGAAACAAAUACAUAUCAUUAUCAAACAAAGAAAGAUGAUCAAAAAGAUAUAACAAGGAAAAAUAUUAAACAUAAUAACGAACAAAAGGAAAAGAGUCCUUAUGAUAUCCAAAGAUAUCAUACAAACAAUUUUAAUAAUUCAAAAAGUACUUUUAGUGAAUAUAGUAAUUACAGUAUAGAUAAUGAAAAAGAAAUGAAAAAAAUUAAGGAGGAAAAAGAAAAAAAAAUUAAUGAAAUUAAGAUGAAGGAAUUGAAAGUUAUUGAAAAGAUAAAAUUGAAAGAAGAGAAAAAGCUAAAAUCAAUUAUGAAAAGGAAGGUAGACGAAAUUAAUAUGAAGAGUAAUAGUAAUAUUAUUAAUUCUGAACAGGCGUAUGAUAAUCAGGGUGAUGCCAAAAAUAAUGAUAUGAAGGAUAAGGCAUGCACAACAACAAAUACGUCUGAUACUACUACAUAUAAUAAUAAUAAUAAUAAUAAUGAUAGUGAUAAUAUUUUAAGUUAUGCGAAGCAGGAGGAUAAAAUUGAGGAAGAAAAAAAAAAAACAAAAAAUGCUCAUGAAGAAUUGUUAAAUAAAAAUCAUCAUAGUGUGACAAAAGAAUUUAAAGAAUCUGAUAUAUAUAAACAUGAAAAUAAAGAUUCAAGUAGUAAUUUAGUAAAAAGUGAAUACAUAAAUAUAGAGAAUGAAGAAAAUGAUAAAUAUGUUACUGAUUUUCCUAAGAAAUCUUCAAGUAUUUUAAAAAAAAAAAUUAGUAACUCUAAUUCAACUGAACUUGAUAUAAACAAAAUGUUGGAAACAUUAAUUGCGUUCAUUAGUUCUGAAUAUAAUUCUAUAUAUCAUUUUUAUAAAGGUAUAGAUAAAUUUAACACUGGGUAUGUAAAAUAUAAUGAUUUCUUAGAUUAUAUGAUUUCAUUAAAUAUAGAAGAUUUAUUUGGAUCUCGAGAAAAUUUAGAAAGUGUGUUUAAACAUUUAUGUAAUGAAAAGAAUAUAUUGACAUUAAUAGAUUUAUAUAAAAAUAUUUAUAAGGAUGAAGAAAUAGAUAAAUAUGAAUUAAAUUUAAGAUUAACCGAAGUUUAUGGUAGUAGUACCUUAGCUUUUAAAAAUAUCGUAUUUUUGAAUGUUGAAGAUGCUUUAUGUAAUUAUAUUAACUUUGAAAUAGUAUGUGAGAAAGUUGGACUAAGUAAUACAAAUAUAAAAAGUAUUUGGGAUGAAAUUAAUAUAAUGAAUGAAGAAUAUAUUCCUUUAGAAAUUGUUCUUAGUAUAAUGAAUGGUGAAUUAUUUAUUGAAGAAGCAUAUAAUGCAUAUAAUUUAAAAAAAUCUCUUUUAAAUCAAGUGGUUAAUUUUUUUCAAGGAAACGAGAAUCUUACAAAAAUGAAUACUGAUAUGAUGGAAACAAAUUUUGAAGUAAUAUAUGAAGAACCUAUAAUAUUAAAUAAAGGUCAUCAUAAAAUAUUUACGAAUGAAUGUACACAUAUAGUUAAAUUAUUAGAAAGUAACAUAUAUUUUAAAUUUCUAACACUAGAACAAAGAUCCUUUUUCACUACAUUAAUGGAUAGAAAAAUUAUGAAUUAUGGUGAUAUUAUAAUUAAACAAAAUGAUGAAGAAGCACCUAUUAUAUGUAUUUAUGAUGGUAAAGCCAAUUUAAUUACAUAUAAUUUAUUUGGUAUAGAAGCUCCAAUAGGUUCUGUUGAAAAUAAUGAAAUAUAUGGAUGUGAUCAAGCUAUUAAUGAAAUUCCAUCAAAUUAUGAAGUAAAAAUAAGUUCAGAUAUAGCAACUGUAUGGAUAUUAGAACGAAGUGUAUAUAAAGAAAAUGUAAAACCUAUGUUAGAAGAAAGACAAAAGAAUUGUACUCAUAUUUUACCAGUUCUUAGAAAUGUACCUAUAUUAAGAUAUUUAUCUGAAGAAGAACUUGUUCAAAUAUCAUAUGCAAUGAAAGUAGAAAUAUAUCAUCCUAAUCAUACUAUUAUAAAAGCAAAUACAUACGAUGAUAAAUAUUAUAUUAUAUGUAAAGGAUUAGUUACUGUUGAAAAAAAUACAGAUUGUAAUAAGGAUAAAAUAGUUUUAUCUAAUUUAAAAAAAGCAGAUUAUUUUGGUGAAUUAGCUCUCAUCAAAAAUAUUAAAAGAACAGCUAAUGUUAUCUUAGAUACUGAAGCAAUUUUGUUAUCCCUUAGUGAUUCAGAAUUUAAUAGACUUCUUCAUUUACAUUUUAAUAAAUUUUUAAAUAGAGCCAAAGCAAAUUAUAAAAGAGUACAAAUGAAAGAAAAAACAACCAUACAAUCUGAUAUUAUUAAUCUAAAUAGUAACACAAAUAUUCAUUCACUUGCUUCAUAUCGAUCAAAAAAUAAAAUAGUUACUAUACAGGAUUAUAACAAUAACCAUAAACAUAAAAAUGAUGCUACUACGUCCAAGUUACCUAAGGGUAACAUAAGUUUCUCUAUUGAAGAAAAAGAAGAUAACAAACAAAAAGAUGAUGCACAAAAUGUCCAAACAGAUAAUAAUAAGAAAAAGAAAGAUAAAGAAAAACAUACAAAAAAAAAUAACAAAGAUAAGGAAAAAGAUAAAAAUAAAGAAAAGAAUAAAAAAAUUAAAAAGAAAAAGAAAGAGGAAACAUGA